CUGACAAGCCCGAAAGUCAUUUCCAACCUCAAGUGGACUUUGUUCCAACUGUUGGGGGCGUCGCUCCCCCUCUUCAUGGUCGUGGGCAAACUUCCCCCUCGGCGCCGGUUCUAAUGGAGCCCCACCUGCUCCGACUGCUCCUCGGCCUCCUGCUCUGUGGCACCAGGGUCCUCGCCGGCUACCCAAUUUGGUGGUCACUGGCCCUGGGCCAGCAGUACACAUCCCUAGGCUCACAGCCCCUGCUCUGCGGCUCCAUCCCAGGCCUGGUCCCCAAGCAACUGCGCUUCUGCCGAAAUUACAUUGAGAUCAUGCCCAGCGUGGCAGAGGGCGUGAAGCUGGGCAUCCAGGAGUGCCAGCAUCAGUUCCGGGGCCGCCGCUGGAAUUGCACCACCAUAGACGACAGCCUGGCCAUCUUUGGGCCCGUCCUUGACAAAGCCACCCGCGAGUCGGCCUUCGUGCACGCCAUCGCCUCAGCCGGCGUGGCCUUCGCCGUCACGCGCUCCUGCGCCGAGGGCACCUCCACCAUCUGCGGCUGCGACUCGCACCACAAGGGGCCGCCCGGCGAGGGAUGGAAGUGGGGCGGCUGCAGCGAGGACGCCGACUUCGGGGUGCUGGUGUCUCGGGAGUUUGCGGAUGCGCGUGAGAACAGGCCAGACGCACGCUCGGCCAUGAACAAGCACAACAACGAGGCUGGCCGCACGACCAUCCUCGACCACAUGCACUUGAAGUGCAAGUGUCAUGGGCUGUCGGGCAGCUGCGAGGUGAAGACCUGCUGGUGGGCCCAGCCUGACUUCAGGGCCAUCGGCGACUUCCUCAAGGACAAAUAUGACAGCGCCUCGGAGAUGGUAGUGGAGAAGCACCGAGAGUCCCGAGGCUGGGUGGAGACCCUCCGGGCCAAAUACGCACUCUUCAAGCCACCCACCGAGAGGGACCUGGUCUACUACGAGAACUCUCCCAACUUUUGCGAGCCCAACCCUGAGACGGGCUCCUUUGGCACCAGGGACCGGACUUGCAAUGUCACUUCCCACGGUAUUGAUGGCUGCGACCUGCUCUGUUGUGGCCGUGGCCACAACACGAGGACGGAGAAGCGGAAGGAGAAAUGCCACUGCAUUUUCCACUGGUGUUGCUAUGUUAGCUGCCAGGAGUGCAUUCGCAUCUACGACGUGCACACCUGCAAGUAGCGGCCAGGGUGCUGGGAAUGGGUGAAGUGUGUGACUGGGAGGAUUCACCAAAGUCCCAUGGGAAGCAGGAGCUAGAGGCGGGGCUCGGCCCUCAGCAUCGGACAGCAAGGAAAUGGACUGUUGCCAGAUGCACGUGUGGUAAAUGACCUGGAUCCAACCUGCCCAUUGGCUGGGAGCCU